GUGUCUCUGGAGUCCGCCUGCGUGUGCGUGUGAUGAAUUGGAGUCAUCCGACUGGUGUUUCCUUCCGAGUGGGGGUUGGAUCAGCAAUCCAUUAGGGGAUCAUGGAAACUUUUUUUUCUGGCUAAAAGGAUGAAAACGGAGUAAGUACACAGAACUUUGAACUUGAAACAGAAUGAAACAAAUACAAGCAAAACCCUGAUAGUAACCAUGUCCAUUCAAACCGCUUAUUCCCUUUUCAUGUUAAGAGCCGUGAAUGCUUACAGGAAAGUGGGAAUUUAAAGCUGAAAGAAGGGCAGCUUACAAAAGGCUGGAAGCGGGACUGCUUUAAAACCGGAGGAAAAAUGAGGAACUGCUAAGGCAACCUGGCCUGCCUCCAGCUGUGCAACAGGCGCUGUGGGUUUAACCUACUGCAUUCUUCAAGGCUGUUUCCAGACUUCAGAUUCACUUUGGUGGUGUUCUCUCCACUCCUGUAAAGCUGGGGCAGAGUCGGAUUCCUUUGCUGCGAGUUUAAGGAUGUUGUGAAAACACGGCAUUGCCGGAAGCAACGGUUUGGCAGCAACACCAGGUUAUUUGUUACAUCUAUUAUUAUUUUGAUGUCUUUUUUUAACCCUGGUCAGCCACUUUUCACUGUCAUCCAUGGAAGGGCUCUCCUUAACCGCCUCAGACUUUUGGGACCUAUGAUUCUUUGGCAUGAUCCUUCGGAAAGUUCUCAAGCAGAGAUGGAGCAAACUUGAUUGGAGCUGUGGAAGAACAGACUUGUAUUUUUCAUGCUGACAAAAAAUAGCUGCUAUGACUUUUCCCGCAACGUGGACAGGGGCCAAGUGAAGCUGGACUGGUCAUGGUCUGUCGUCCAGUGUUCCCUUGUCGUCGGCGAUUUUGCCCCCGGCCCUUUUUGGUGGGUUUGGUUGUGGCCAUCUGUCUCUUCUACCAGACCCUGACCCUCCGAGGGACAAGGAAGCUUACAGCCGCUGUCCCUGGCACUGCCCCCCACACAUCUACGGCCAUCCAAGCAAGCAGAUGCAGGAAAGAAUUCUCCCAGGACAAACCGUGCUUCCUUCUCCCUGGUAAUGCGCAGGAAAUCAGAAAGAUGGAGGAAGCAAUGGAGACACACUUUGGUGGGGAUGGCCGAAGAGCUGUCCUCUACAGGCCUUCAAACAGCAAAACAGAGCUUCAGCUCUACCAGCGCAUUCUCAGGGGACAUCACUAUACAGUUGUCAUCGCUGAAGAAAGGCUGGAUGCUGGCCUUGGGCUGGGGCUGCUGGAACAAGGUGCUCUGGGCCCCUGGGAUCUGCUCAUCUGCCUGCCUUCUUGGAAAGCCGAUGGGAAACCCUGCAUACCCAAGGAGCACGUGUGCCAGCUGAGUUUACAUCAAAGGGUAAACAUAUUACCAGAAAUACAGCAUCAGCUUUGCAGAAAGGAAGGAUUAUGUGAAAUAACUAGAAGAUUUCCAGAAUUGCAACUUCCCGUGAGUCCCUCUGUCUGUCUGAAACAGGGAAUACAGUUACAGCCGAGUACUUCAAGUCACCUUUUAAAAACAGUGAAGCCACAUGUCUGGAAACCAGGGAACCGGAGACGUGAACAGCUGAAUCAAACAACAGUCCUAGCUCUACAUGAAACCAUCUUUGGAGCUGAAGAUCUAUCUGUGAUUCUUAAAGCGUAUGUGCUGGUGACAUCCCUAACCCCUUUGCGUGCAUUUAUUCAUUCGACUGGCACGGUUUGGAACCUACCAAAGAAAAAACGUUUCACUGUCAAGCUGCAAACAUUUUUUGAGACAUUCCUGAGGGCCAGCUCAUCUCUUCAGGCUUUUGAUAAUAUGAAGGAAGCAAUUAGCAAACUCCUGCUAGCAGCAGAAGUAUUCAGUGAAACAUCUACCCUGGGACCAAAGACCAUCAAUAGAUGCAGAUCGUGUUUUCAGCUUUUAACUUUUGACAUUGGUUAUGGCAGUUUCACAUACCCUGUAGUGCUUCAGGUACAUGAGCAUUUACACUUUCAAGAUAACAAUAAUAUGGAGUUUGAGGACCAAAAUGUAGAAGAAUUCCUUUUGAAAGAUACUUUCAGUUUUCUUUUCUCUAAUGAAUCAUCACUUUCCGUGUUUUCUGAGAUAUUUCAGAGACUUUUUAGAUCCGAUGUGUCUAAGGGGAAAAAUGACAACAUUUCUCUGAACUCUUUCUUAGUAAUACGUCAUUUUAAUUUUCUUUUCAUAACUUAUGCUGAUGUCGUGUGUUUGAAUAUUCCUUCUCAGCUCUUCCCAUCUACCACUCCUGGGAUUCAGUCUUUGAUGCAUGAAUUUUAUGACAUGGAAAAUCCGAUGGGGAAACCUGGUUCAGUCCUGACCCAAUACUGGUCUCUUCUAAAUGUAUUUGAACAAUUUCAGCUCAUGAAUAAAAAGGCACAGCUGCAUCCAUUGGAAUGGAAUUCUUUCACAGAGGAUGAGAACAUUGAAAAACCACAAGUGCCGUUUGAUGCAAUAGAAAAUAAAAAAGCUGCAGUUCCACAAAUUCUAAGUGAAAAUAAAGAAAUACGUUGCAGUAAUGAUAAAAACCUACCAUGUCAUAUCAAGCAGAUCUUCACACAUCCACAUUUGGAACUGAAUCCUGAGUUUAACUCACAGAUCAAAGAUUAUUAUGCUGAAGUCCCAUUUGAUAUGGUAACAGUGAUGAUCAGAGUGGAGACUUCUCCGUGUCAGUGCAAAGUGCACCUGCAUGAGCAAGCGGGGCCAAGCUUUGCCGACUACCCUCUAGGCUUAGGAAUGAACACAAUCUCAAUAUUUGUGGUAGAUGAAUCUCCAGCCCAGAGCGAGACCCUGAUCACUUACAAACUCACCAUCUAUAGAGAAGACCGGCCAAGUCUGCCCCUGUUUGAGGACUUCACAGCUUGUGGUUUUGUGCAGGACUGUGGUUUGCUGAUUCACCCGGAGGAAACCUGUGGGUUACAGCCUAUUUCUUCUGACUACAUUGAAGCCAUUUCUCAGUCGGAGCUAAAGAACUGCCCAUCUGGGGACAUGCAAGGCCAGUGGAUUGUGCCAUGCCUUAGUUGUUCAGACAACAGGACCUGUGACUGGAGAGAAAUAACUUGGCAGCCCCAUAACUGCCAGUAUGGCAUCCUAACUAAGUCUCAACUGCAGCAGUGCUUGGGAGGAAGGAAGAUUCUCUUCAUUGGAGACUCAACCAACAGAGGGAUCAUGUACUAUCUGAUCGAAAGGCUGAAUGAAACGUUGCAGGAAUGGCAGAAGGUGCAUGGCACUAAAUUCUACCACAACGUCAAUGGCGGGAAGACCGUGAUCAGUUACUCCUACUAUCCUCAGUUCUGGAUGAGCCCUUCCUUGAGACCAACAUUUGAAAAAGCACUUGAACAUCUCCUGCAGAGAUCACGUCCCCUAGAGAAUACCCGUCGGACUGUACUGGUUGUUGGUGGUGUUCAGUGGCUUAAUUCCAAUCACCUGCAAAUUAUUCACAAGGUUUUGAAGAGGGAAAACUUACUCAAUAUCCUAGUGAUCAUCAAAACUUUGGGAAUUGGAUUUCAUCUCCCAGCAGAUGGAGUGCAUUUCUUAACACAGAGUGAAGUACGGAAUUUAUGGAAAGAAAAUGUGAUUAUUCUGGAUACUGCAAAGAAAUAUGGCUAUGAAGUGGUUGACACAUUCACCAUAACAAUGGGAAGAUACAAAGAAUUUCUGCAGGGGAAGUGUGCAUGUCAUUUUCAUGAGGUAGUGAAAUCAAAGUUAUCCAAAGACUAUCACUUUAUUAAAAUGAAAAGAUCAAGGAAUCAUAUUGUGGGAAAAUACUUCAGCAAUCAAAGCAAGCAACAGCAAGACUCUGUACCAAAUUUUGAAUCACCAUAUCACGUCAGAGGUCCCAUAAAUCAGGUUUGUUCUGAAAUCCUUCUCAGCAGGAUGUGUGAGAGUAAAAGGAUGGAGUAGACGCUCUGCAGGAAAACUGAAUUUAGCCUCGGAGACAAGCCACUGCCCCGGGCAGUGGGCCGGGAGCCAAGCCUGUGUACCACAUGCAUUUUGGAUGGAUCACACGCACGCAUGCACACUGAUGCACACGUGGUCACCAACGAUGCACACGUAGCUAAAACAAAUUAACAAUAACACUUUUCUUAUAGCUUUAUAAAGCCGAGGUGUGAACUUGAACUCCACUUUGUUUCAGAGUGAAAGACAGACCUAGAAAAAGGUUACUUGAAGUAUAAUUAUAAACCAGAACCACUGUGGGCCAGGUAUGGCAUUGUAUUAAUAAAGAGAAAUAAAGACACUUGAAUUACGUAAAAAACAGGAUAGCGCUCUUUAGUUUGUGUGACCAUCUCCAUAGAUACAUUAAUGUUGAAAGGGGGGAAAGCAAUUACAUUCCACUUGCAAGCGGAGGUUGUGCUUAUGAUUUCUUACCAGGAGAAAAAGUGGCAUUUAUGAUGGCCUAGGCUUUGUGAUCGAAUGCUUAUGAGAAACAUUUCCUCCUAUGUUUUUAAAUUUUUCAUAGUGAAAGGGAAAGAGCAGGAAUGCUCCUCAAGAGAAUGUGAAGAGAUUCUAUGAGACAUACAAAAACUAGAAUAGUUUUUAGUUAAAACACCAAUGUAUUGAACUUUGUACUCCUUGUGUUUUCCAUAAACAUUCCUUUCUGGUCCUAUCUGUGAACUUGCAAGGGUAAGCGCAGUCUCAAAUUGAUGAAAUACAUAGUUUUAAAGUAAGGAACAAAAUGUAGUUACUUGUGUAUUACUUUAGUAUGUUUCAUUGAUGAUAUUUCUUAAGAAAGCUUUUUGUGCCAUUAUAGCCCUAUGUAACUUAAAAUUACCAUUACAUUUUAUGUAAAUAUUUUUCCAAGGAUUAUAAAUUCUCAAAUUGAUAGGCCUAUUUUUCCCCAAAACAUUUGUGUAGAGCCACAGGGAGAAUUAUGUUACUAGUAUCUGUAUUUUGACUUUCCAGAGCAACUGUAUCUAAUCCAAAUUGAGAGUAGACAUAAAAUUAUUUUUCAAUUAAAACUGUGGCGUCCAUAUAAAACAUACCUAAUUGUCGUGUUUAGAACUUUCUCUUCUAUCUCUUAGGUUUAUAAUGAUAAAUUUCCUUAUUAUACACACACUUUGUUGUGAGAUAACACCUCACAGUUACAAUGGCUUUUAAAGAAUUAUUUUUCAUUUUUAGGAAAAAAAGAGACCCAAGAGGGUUCAUUCAACACAUGGCUGAAAUUUCCAAAUGCACAAAUACCUCAAUUUCACUGCAAUAUGAAAAAAAAAAAAACCUACUUUGAUAAGUUUCUUCGUAUGAAUAGCCACCUCCUUUAAAUACUCUAUUUUUAUAUAUAUUUUUUUAUGAAGACGAACAGGAAUUUAUAUUUAACUAUCUUAAAUUAUAUUUACAUAAAUGCAAAUACAACUUGAUAGAAACAAUCCAGACGUGCAUCUUACAGAUGAUAGAUUUUGAAAAGAACGGUACAGAAUUCACGUUACAUAUGGAAGUCUUUCUAGUGUCUACACUUCAACGCAAGCAUUGUUUUUAGGUUUUCAGUGAUUUUUUUUUAAAUGAUAUAAAACACUGCCAAUUCAUGCAACCCUUCCAUCAUCUUUUAACUUAUUAUAUCCCUGUCACAGUAUUACAGUCACUGGGUAUUUCUUGUCAUUCACUUUCCACCUAAUUGUAAUAACCACCUGGCUGAGGCUAGCCUGGCAUUUCCCUCUUCACCAUUGAAAUAAUAAUGGAUUUUAGAAACGAUUGUAAUAAUGUCAUUAAUAAAGUCUUCCUGGCAAUA